GCCAUUUGGUUGUAAUCUUUCGAGGUGUAAAGAAGUUUUGUGAUUUAAAAAAAAAAUAUGAAUAAUUUACCAGCUAAUUCAGGACAUUCACGUGGUCGAGGACGGGGAAAAAAACCUAACGAAGAAUUGUCAAGGGGCCUAGUUCCUCAACUGGGUCAUGCACCAGUACCGCAGCAAGCUGAGGCUAGGCGGCCCAUAUGUAACCCAGCUACUCUAGGCGAUACUGGGGCUGCUGAGGGUGACCCUCGUGGAUCGGUGCGUGGACGACGAUUAAUUACCGAAAUUGUGCGAUCUCGUCCCAGUGGUCUGCUUACUAAAAUGGGUACUACAGGCAAACCAAUCACUGUUCAAACAAAUUACUUCAAAUUUCUUAAGCGUCCCAAUUGGUCGCUUUAUCAGUACCGUGUUGAUUUCUCGCCCGAUGUUGAUAAUACAUUCCUACGUCAGGGCUUAUUGAGAGAGCACAGUAAUAUAUUAGGCGGAUAUAUUUUUGAUGGAUCAGUGUUGUUCUGCACCACCAAGUUCAAGGACACACCUAAUAGUCCAUAUGUUUUGGAUCUCUUGACAAAGAGUCGUUCAGGAGAGAAUAUAAGCAUUAAAAUAAGGAGUGUAGGUAUUGUUGAGGCAAUGGAUCCUCAGCAGUUACAAGUUCUUAACUUGAUUUUGCGUCGUGCUAUGGAAGGCCUGCAACUUCAAAUAGUGUCUCGCAAUUAUUUCGACCCGCAAGCCAAGAUUGUAUUGGAUAGUAAGCAUCGAAUGGAAUUAUGGCCGGGGUAUAUAACUUCAAUUCGUCAACAUGAAUCGGAUUUUCUCUUAUGCACUGAAAUCGCUCACAAAGUCAUGAGAACGGAUACUUUGUAUCAAAUUUUGUCGAAAAACAUUCGAGAACAUGAUGACUAUCAGGGCGCAUUUAAACGUGAAGUGAUAGGGAUGAUUGUAUUAACAGAAUACAAUAAUAAAACAUAUAGAGUAGAUGAUGUCGCUUUUGAGUCAUCCCCGAUGUCUAAAUUCAGUACCAAGGAUGGAGAAAUAUCGUAUGUUGAAUAUUAUAAGAAACGCUACAACAUAAUAAUUCGAGACCAUAAGCAACCACUCGUAGUGUCCCGUCCAAGUGAGAAAAAUAUUCGUGGAGGUGCUGAUCAAUUGAUAAUGUUAAUUCCUGAAUUGGCUCGAGCUACUGGUUUAACUGACAGUAUGCGAUCUGACUUCCAAUUAAUGAAGGCAAUGGGCGAGCAUACUAGAAUUGCUCCCGAUCGUCGAAUUGAUAGGUUGCGUGCAUUUAAUCAGCGUCUGCAGAAAUCGGAAAGUAGUGUUAAUAUGUUGAAGUCGUGGAAUGUUGAAUUGGAUUCUGCUCUUGUUGAGAUACGUGCUCGAGUUCUGCCGCCACAGAAGAUUGUAUUUGGAGGUCAAAGGCGCUUUUUAUGCGAUGCCCGCGCUGAUUGGACAUACGAAUGUCGUAAAGACGCUAUGUUUACAAACGUAGACAUAAAACGUUGGUAUGUCAUAACACCAAGUCGGUCAAAGCAUGAAGUACAACAGUUUGUGAAGCUGUGUAUGCAGGCAUCUGGAGGCAUGAAACUUCGUAUGAGCGAACCCAGAUAUGAAGAAAUUUCGGAUGAUCGCAAUGGGACUUAUUCGCAAGCGAUCGAUAAUGCUGCCGCUAAAGAUCCACAAAUUAUAAUGAUUGUUAUAAAGUCUCCUAACGAAGAGAAAUAUAGUUGCAUUAAGAAACGAACGUGUGUUGAUCGUCCAGUACCCUCUCAAGUAGUAACACUUAAAACAAUUGCACCCCGCCCGGAUAGAUCAAGCGGUCUAAUGUCGAUUGCAACCAAAGUUGUAAUUCAAAUGAAUGCCAAACUAAUGGGUGCUCCAUGGAUGAUAGAGCUUCCUAUAAAUGGAUUGAUGACCGUUGGAUUUGAUGUAUGCCACUCGUCCAAAAAAAACAAGUCAUAUGGUGCUUUUGUAGCUACUAUGGAUAUGAAGUCCUCCACACGUUAUUUCUCUUCAGUUACUGAACAUAUGAAGGGUCAGGAACUGUCUAAUCAAAUAUUAAUGAAUAUGACAUGUGCACUAAAGGCAUAUCGUGAGCAUCAUGGGAGUUUGCCCGACCGCAUUCUCUUUUUCCGCGACGGUGUAGGUGAUGGUCAGCUAAAUCAAGUAUUCAAUAUUGAGGUGAAAUUCCUCAAAACUCGACUGGACGAGAUCUACAAAUCGGCGGGAAGAGAGAAAGGUUGCAAUUUGGCAUUUAUUGUUGUAACAAAAAGAAUUAACACACGUUACUUUGUGAAUAAGCGCAAUCCCGAACCUGGAACAAUAGUCGAUGAUGUUAUCACUUUGCCCGAGCGGUUUGAUUUCUAUUUGGUUUCGCAGGCCAUAAAACAAGGUACUGUUUCUCCAACGAACUACAAUGUUUUGCACGACAGCAUGGGUCUGAAUGCUGAUAAGAUACAAAUACUCACGUACAAAAUGACACAUAUGUACUACAAUUGGUCUGGAACUUGCCGAGUCCCUGCAGUUUGUCAAUAUGCUCAUAAGCUAGCAUUUUUGAUAGCUGAGAGUAUUCACCGUGCACCAUCUUCGAGUUUGGAGAACCAACUGUUUUUCUUGUAAAAAUUGACUAUCCAUUAUGAAUGUUUUAAUAUUUAAAUCGUAUCGUACAUACUGAAUACUUAAAAUGUAUAAUAAAGAUUAAUUUGAUAUUU